AACUGGCAAAAGUAAUCUUCGACACGACGGCUCAUGAGUAGCAUUCGGUCAAGUGAGCGAGAUCGUAUUACUGUGAAGAUUCAUAACAUGAAACGUAGCGCAUCGCGCGAAUCUCCACCUAGAUCAAAGCGACGCGGAAGUAUUGGACGUUACGACGAUAGCUCCGACGAAAGAGUGACCCCCGAUAGAAUGCGACGACGUGUGGCCCGUUCUCCGAGCCCCAGGGCUCGCUAUGCAUCGCCGCAUCGUGAAGAGUAUAGCUCGUCCCGCAGCCGGGCCGAUAUUAGCGGAGGCGGCGGUAGUGACCGGUACACCUACAAGGUGCUGUGCGUGAGCGCGCUGCAUCCGAAAGCUUCGGAUGAGUUCAUUAAAGAAACCCUAUACCGGGAAUAUAAAAAGUUUGGUGAUUUCAGCAUUCGGGUGUCGCACGAUCUAGACGAGCGUGUAGCGUACGUAUGUUUCCGUACACCCGAAGAUGCCCGUGAGGCAAAGCACGCUAAAUCGCGCAUCAUUCUACACGAUAAGGUAGCUUUGGUCGAACCAGUGUACGAAUCAUCCAAAUCGGAAUCGUACCGUCGGCCAAGAUCGGCUUCACCGUCCGAGUACGAUCGUCAUUACUAUGCCCGAUCACCGGGUGUUCCGCCGCCGGAUCGACGACGGCCACCGGAGCACCAUCCGUACGAUGGUUACGGUCCUCCACCGGGAGGUCGCAUGCAUCAUCCCGACUUCAGGCCUCCGAUGCAUCAUGAUUACAUGCCACGUGGACCGCCGAUGCAUCAUCAUGGUCCACCGCAUAUUCAUCCGGGACCACCGCAUCAUCAUUAUAUGCCACGCCCGUACCUUCCCAGACCGCGGGCACCGUUCGAAAAGCCAGAGAACAAGAAGGACAAGUUCCCGAACUAUCUGCACCACAUUCAACCGGAAGAUGAUCCGCUCUCGACGCGUACGUUGUUUGCUGGCAAUUUGGAGAUAAAUAUCUCGGACGAUGAAUUGCGACGCAUUUUCGGCAAAUACGGACUAGUGGAAGACAUAGAUAUCAAGCGGCCGCCGCCCGGCACUGGCAAUGCUUUCGCUUUUGUGCGUUACCAAACUCUGGAUAUGGCGCACCGAGCAAAGGUGGAACUUUCCGGACAGUACAUUGGCAAAUUUCAGUGCAAAAUCGGGUACGGAAAAGCGACUCCAACUACGCGUAUCUGGGUCGGAGGCCUCGGUGCUUGGACCUCGGUAACGCAGCUCGAGCGGGAGUUUGACCGCUUUGGAGCAAUUAAGAAGAUAGAGUACGCCAAAGGAGACACUCAGGCGUACAUUUUGUACGAUUCGAUCGAUGCAGCCACGGGUGCGGUGAAGGAAAUGCGUGGCUUUCCGCUGGGAGCACCUGACCGCCGCAUUCGUAUCGAUUUUGCCGAUAACGGUACGGCUCCACCGUUCCCGAAGCGCCCAUUUGAGGAGAGUGGGGGCGAAUAUCGUCGGGUUCCUGAGUAUGAGUACCCGGAAGGAGCCGGCGCUCCGUAUGAUGACGCACCUCCUGGUUACGGAGGAAGCGGUUAUGGAGCACGCUCAUUCCGCGGCCGAGGCAGUGGUGGCGGCGGUGCAGGUAGCGGUGGCUAUCGUGGGCGAGGAGGCGGUAGCGGUGGAAGCUUCCGCGGGGGCUUCCAUCAUGAAGGGCAUCGUCCGGCGGGAGGAGCCGGUGGACCACCACAUCACGGACCAGGCGGUGGAGAGGAAGAAUGGCGUCGUCCAAGUGGUGGCGGCGAAGGAGGCGAAUAUGAUCAGCGACGUCGCUCAGGUUCACGCGAACCGGGUGGCAUCGAUCGCUCUCGCUCCAGAUCACCUCGUCGCCGUAGUCCUGCUGAUUCGGACUCUGAUUCAUCUUCGCGCCGUAAUGGUGUAUUGACAACGGCUAGGACAUUGCCGGAAGUAGCGCGAAAGUCGACAACAGUUUGGCAGGGUGCACUCAUCCUUAAAAGCUCGCUUUUCCCGGCCAAGUUCCAUCUAACCGACGGUGACGCAGAUAUUGUAGACGGGUUGAUGAAAGACGAGGAUGGCAAACAUCAUUUACGUAUCACGCAACGUCUGCGCCUCGACCAGCCUAAGCUGGAGGACGUUCAGAAGCGAAUUUCCUCGUCGUCCUCGCACGCGAUUUUCCUGGGGCUACCCGGAUCGACGUCCUCUGUCACGUCGUCUGAUGACGCUAGUGUGCAAACCCGUCCACUGCGAAAUUUGGUGACGUAUUUGAAACAAAAGGAAGCCGCUGGUGUUAUUUCGUUAUUAAACAAGGAAACGGAAGCCACAGGUGUGCUUUACUCUUUCCCUCCUUGCGAGUUUUCCACUGAACUUUUGAAACGCACCUGUCAUAAUCUGACGGAGGAAGGUCUUAAGGAAGAUCACCUCGUGAUCGUAGUGGUGCGGGGUGGGACUGCCUAGGAACAGGAGACCGGUAGCGAAGACCGGGAAUCGGAUUCGAAGAAAAAAAGAAACAAUAAGACAGCGAAAAGUAAUAAGUUAAAAUAAUCUACCAUCUACCGCAUAAUAAGUAACUACAAAAGAAACUAAAACAUUCGUAGGAGACGACAUUCUACUAGAAAAAUCAUAGUAGAGCAAGAAGUUUUAUAUUUACACUACGCAACGCAACGUGUGUGUUUUGAGGUGACGUUCUUUGGAAAACCACUGGCGGUCAUUUUCGACUAUUUUCCUUAACUACGCUCAAUGCGGCGUAGCAAAUAUUUGAUUUUGGUUUUGAUUGUUAAUAACACAAACCACACACUCACAUACAUGCAUACACACACGUGAUAGAAAUAGAUAUGCUCUAUGCUAUUAAUAAGAAAAGUAUUGCCCUCGAAAACACUGCAUUGGGCACAUAAGAUGGAAGCAAUCCAAUCGUCGUAAGUACACACAACUCAUCUCAUAUUUUCUCACCAUCAUGUCAACGCAAAAGAGGAGAUUAGCAAUGUCAUUGACCCACGCCGAGCGGGCAGCAUACCACCUUCAAGCUUCACAGGAAGGAGAUUCAUAUUUGCAGUGAUUCUAUAAAUAAUAUUGCAAUUUCUAAUUAAUACUUCCAUUCGUCGACGACCAGUGACCGGUAUUUGAAGUAAAAGUUUUCUAUAAACAAAUCUCUCGACGUUGUGAUUAUGUUGAAGAAUACAUAAGAAUACAGUGCGCGCUUUUCUCCCCUCCACUACUUGGAGCGUGCUCGUGUUUUAGUAGAAUGUUACUAUCCCCAAGUCACUGGAGCUAAUAUUGUGCGUGAAUUUGUGCAUGUGUUGAGUGUUUAUUUUAAGUUGUGUGCAGCAGCGCGUGGAACUCAGCAAGACAAAAAAUAUCUAAUGUUGAUAAUUAGAUUAUAGAUUGUUAAAGGAAACAACAUCUUUUUGGUCAGGUAUUCGACAUUUUAUCAUUUCGAAGGCAGGAAAUGUGAACAAUAUAUAGGAAAAGCAAAAACAGUUAUUUACAAAGAAAUUAGUUUAGUUUUGUUUGCAUACGAUUUUGUUUGUUUAUCUGAAAUGCAUUAUUUUAAACAACAACAAAAAAACAGAACAUAAAUUUAUAACUAUGAUGGAUAGUUAGUUUGAAUGUUUAUCAAAUCGGAAUGUAAUCUGGUAGAGGGAUGAAGCAUAUAGUUUGAGUAUUCUACAGAGUUGCGUUUAAUGUUGAGAAAUUUUGCUACGUGAAACAUAAUCCUCGUAUUAAAUGUUCAAGAAUCUAUUGGCUUUAGGGCAAUACAUAAAAUUUAUGACACUUUAUUGCUGUACAACGCUCUGCAUGAGAAAUAUGCAGAUGUCAUAUAACAUGUAGUAGAAAUAACAUGCCUACAAAUUUAACAGUUAGUACUUUCAAAAUAAUGAAUAAUUUGACGGUUUAAAGCUAUACUCAAGAUAUAGCAACGCGAUGUCGGACAGUGCGAGAAUUUAAAGUAACUUGAACAAAAUUGAGGCGUGUGCGUUACUAAAGUACAGAUUUAAACUUGAAAUGACUUAUGGUGUUGUGUAAUUGCAUGCACAGAGCAUAAAUAUAAGAAAUAAAUAAACUUACUUUCAAUCAAAGGUGCAUAUGGUGGAUAGAAAAUUACACAAUGUCGGUGCAUACCGAAUUUGCUUUCUUAAGGUCGCUAUGGACAAAAAAAAUGAAACCAGUUCGGAAUGGUAAUAGUAGGUGAAUAUUUUUGAAACAAGUGUCGUUUUGUGGAUGAGUUUAGUGAAGUUUUAUCUAUGAUUUGUGAAAUGUUAUUUAUCAUAUAUGUGAGUUCGGGUUUUGCCAUUCUAUAUUUGAAACAUCAAAAUAAGUUGAUAUUGUGAAACGUAAUAUCCUGCAAUGUGUGAAACGAACAAAGUAAAAGGUGUUUCGUUGUUGUCCGAAGAUUUUGCAACUUAUGGCAGUUUAUACUGCUUGUUGGUUGUCCAUCGUUGGUUGUUUUCUUUUGAAUGGAUUAUUCAGAAUCAGAUGAGGCCUCUCCCCAUUUAUUAAAUCCAUUUUGUAGAA